AUGGCUUUAGCCGGGCUCUGCGUCCUGCUCGCCUGCUGCUGGGGGCCGGCGGCGGUGCUGGCCACGGCCGCCGGCGACGUGGACCCAUCCAAGGAGCUUGAGUGCAAGCUCAAGAGCAUCACGGUGUCGGCGCUGCCCUUCCUGCGCGAGAACGACCUGAGCAUCAUGCACAGCCCCUCGGCCUCCGAGCCCAAGCUCCUCUUCUCGGUGCGCAACGACUUCCCGGGAGAAAUGGUCGUGGUGGACGACCUGGAAAACACGGAGCUGCCCUACUUCGUGCUGGAGAUCUCAGGGAACACAGAGGACAUCCCUCUGGUGCGCUGGAGACAGCAAUGGCUGGAGAACGGCACUUUGCUUUUUCACAUUCAUCACCAAGAUGGUGCCCCCAGUCUCCCUGGACAAGACCCAACGGAAGAACCCCAGCAUGAGUCAGCAGAAGAGGAACUGAGGAUCCUGCACAUCUCAGUCAUGGGUGGCAUGAUUGCUCUGCUGCUGUCCAUCUUGUGCCUGGUGAUGAUCCUAUACACUCGCCGGCGCUGGUGCAAGCGCCGCAGGGUGCCCCAGCCCCAGAAGAGUGCCAGCGCCGAGGCCGCCAACGAGAUUCACUACAUUCCCUCUGUGCUGAUCGGCGGGCACGGACGGGAGAGUCUGCGCAAUGCCCGCGUGCAGGGCCACAACUCCAGUGGCACCCUGAGCAUCCGGGAGACCCCCAUCCUGGACGGCUAUGAGUACGACAUCACAGACCUGCGCCACCACCUGCAGAGGGAGUGCAUGAACGGAGGGGAGGACUUUGCCAGCCAGGUCACCCGCACCCUGGACUCCCUGCAGGGCUGCAACGAGAAGGCGGGGAUGGACCUCACGCCAGGAAGCGACAAUGCCAAGCUAUCGCUGAUGAACAAGUACAAGGAUAACAUCAUUGCCACCAGCCCCGUGGACUCCAACCACCAGCAGGCCACUCUGCUCUCGCACACCUCCAGCAGCCAGAGAAAGCGGAUCAACAACAAGGCAAGAGCUGGUUCCGCCUUCCUGAACCCUGAAGGAGAUUCUGGCCCCGAGACAGAAAACGACCCCCAGCUGACCUUCUACACCGACCCCUCGCGGAGCCGGAGGCGCAGCAGAGUGGGCUCUCCCCGAAGUCCUGUGAAUAAGACCACCUUGACGCUGAUCAGCAUCACCAGCUGUGUGAUCGGCCUCGUGUGCGCCUCCCAUGUCAGCUGCCCCCUCGUUGUCAAAAUCACCCUGCACGUCCCCGAGCACCUGAUCGCCGAUGGGAGCCGCUUCAUCCUGCUGGAGGGGAGCCAGCUGGAUGCCAGUGACUGGCUGAACCCAGCUCAAGUGGUGCUCUUCUCUCAGCAGAACUCCAGUGGGCCCUGGGCCAUGGACCUCUGUGCCCGGCGGCUCCUAGACCCCUGUGAACACCAAUGUGACCCCGAAACUGGUAGGCAGGAGCACCGGGCAGCGGGGGAAUGCCUCUGCUAUGAAGGUUACAUGAAGGAUCCAGUACACAAGCACCUUUGCAUUCGGAAUGAAUGGGGCACAAACCAGGGGCCUUGGCCUUACACAAUAUUUCAGCGGGGCUUUGACCUGGUUUUGGGAGAACAGCCUUCUGAUAAAAUAUUCAGAUUCACCUACACCCUUGGGGAGGGCAUGUGGCUGCCCCUCAGCAAGAGCUUUGUGAUCCCACCGGCUGAACUGGCCAUUAACCCUUCCGCGAAGUGUAAGACGGACAUGACAGUGAUGGAGGACGCUGUGGAGGUCAGAGAGGAGCUGAUGACCUCGUCCUCCUUUGACAGCCUGGAGGUUCUGCUGGAUUCCUUUGGGCCAGUGCGGGAUUGCAGCAAGGAUAACGGGGGCUGCAGUAAGAACUUCCGCUGCAUCUCAGACCGCAAGCUGGACUCCACUGGUUGCGUGUGCCCGUCCGGACUGAGCCCCAUGAAGGACAGCUCUGGCUGCUAUGACCGCCACAUUGGGGUGGACUGCUCAGACGGCUUCAACGGCGGCUGCGAGCAGCUGUGUCUCCAGCAGAUGGCGCCCUUCCCGGACGACCCCGCCUUGUACAACAUCCUCAUGUUCUGUGGGUGCAUCGAGGAUUACAAGCUCGGUUUGGAUGGUCGCUCUUGCCAACUCAUCGUGGAGACCUGCCCGGAGGGAGGAGACUGUGGGGAAAGCAGGGAGGUUCCCAUGAACCAGACCCUCUUUGGGGAGAUGUUCUUUGGUUACAACAACCAUUCCAAGGAAGUGGCUGCAGGACAAGUGCUGAAAGGAACAUUCAGGCAAAACAACUUUGCUCGAGGUUUAGACCAGCAACUGCCAGAUGGUCUUGUGGUGGCCACUGUCCCCCUGGAGAAUCAGUGCCUGGAGGAAAUCUCGGAGCCCACCCCCGACCCCGAGUUCCUGACUGGAAUGGUGAACUUCAGUGAGGUGUCUGGAUACCCCGUGUUGCAGCACUGGAAGGUCCGGUCUGUGAUGUACCACAUCAAACUCAACCAAGUGGCCGUCUCUCAGGCCCUCAGCAAUGCGCUCCACUCCCUGGACGGGGCUACAUCGCGCGGGGAUUUUGUGGCCUUGUUGGACCAGUUUGGCAACCAUUACAUCCAGGAAGCUAUCUAUGGCUUUGAGGAAUCCUGUUCCAUCUGGUACCCAAACAAGCAGGUGCAGCGGCGACUCUGGCUGGAAUAUGAGGACAUCAGCAAAGGCAACUCCCCAUCUGACGAGUCGGAGGAGCGGGAAAGAGACCCCAAGGUGCUCACGUUCCCAGAAUACAUCGCCAGCCUGUCAGAGACUGGCACCAAGCGCAUGGCAGCUGGAGUCCGCAUGGAAUGCCAGAGCAAAGGACGAUGCCCCUCAUCCUGCCCCCUGUGUCAUGUGACAUCCAGCCCUGACACUCCUGCUGAGCCAGUUCUACUGGAGGUGACCAGAGCAGCCCCCAUCUAUGAACUGGUGACCAACAACCAGACACAGAGGCUCUUGCAGGAGGCCACCAUGAGCUCACUCUGGUGCUCAGGGACUGGAGAUGUCAUCGAGGACUGGUGUCGAUGCGACUCCACGGCUUUUGGAGCAGAUGGACUUCCCACCUGUGCACCUCUCCCACAGCCUGUGCUGAGACUCUCCACGGUUCAUGAGCCCAGCAGCACCCUCGUGGUCCUGGAGUGGGAACACUCAGAGCCUCCAAUUGGGGUGCAGAUUGUAGAUUACCUCAUCCGUCAGGAAAAGGUCACUGACAGGAUGGACCACUCCAAAGUGGAGACAGAAACGGUGCUGAGCUUUGUGGACGACAUCAUCUCUGGAGCAAAGUCUCCUUGUGCCAUGCCGGCUCGGGUACCAGACAAGCAGCUCACCACUAUCUCUCUGAUCGUUCGAUGCCUGGAACCGGACACCAUCUACAUGUUCACCCUGUGGGGAGUGGACAACACCGGACGGCGCUCCAGGCCCAGCGAUGUGAUUGUGAAGACCCCCUGCCCCGUGGUGGAUGAUGUCAAGGCCCAGGAAAUAGCAGACAAGAUCUACAAUCUCUUCAAUGGCUAUACCAGUGGGAAGGAGCAACAGACGGCCUAUAACACCCUCCUGGAUCUGGGUUCCCCCACCCUACAUCGAGUCCUCUACCACUAUAACCAGCACUAUGAGAGUUUUGGAGAAUUCACCUGGCGGUGUGAGGAUGAAUUAGGCCCCAGGAAAGCUGGCCUCAUCCUUUCCCAGCUGGGGGAUCUCAGCAGUUGGUGCAAUGGCCUCCUUCAGGAACCCAAGAUAAGCUUGCGACGAGGCUCCCUUAAGUACCUGGGCUGCCGCUACAGCGAGAUCAAGCCCUAUGGACUCGACUGGUCAGAGCUCAGCCGGGACCUCAGGAAGACAUGUGAGGAGCAGACCCUGAGCGUCCCUUACAACGACUAUGGGGACAGCAAAGACAUCUAA